CGAUGGGGAGGAGCAGACUCAUAAUACAGAUAAUGUCCAACCCCACAUGACUGUUCAUCCGGUAGGGGGAUACUCUAGCAUGCCUAUGCACAUGUACCCCUUCCCUCCCGGCCUCGUCCCAACCCAACCCCUCCGUUCCAAGCGCAGACAGGUCAAGAAUGCCUGUACAAACUGCCAGAAGGCCUGCAAGAAGUGUGAUGAUGCCCGCCCCUGCCUCCGCUGUGUCAAGUAUGGCAUAGCCGAGGAGUGCAUCGACUCACAGCGCAAGGAACGGAAGAAGGGUGUGAAGAGGGGUCCUUACAAGAAGCGCGAUGGAAAAGGCAACAGUGCUGAGGCGGUUGAAGUGCAAGAGCACCCGCCCAUGCACCCGCCACAGGGCAUGCCACCCCAGGCUACCCCAUCUCCCAUGCCGCCCUACAUGGCGGCCUCGAUGGGAUACCCUCCCGGUGCAGCUUUCUACGGGCAAUUUCCCGCCCCGCCGACGCCGAAAGCGGGAGAAGCAGGCCCAGGUCCGGCUUACUACCCCACUCCGUUCUAUAUCACACCCGUUCCGAUGGCUGCACCUGGUCAGAACGGACACGAGGGAGACUCUCAAGUAUAUCCGCAGCACCCGCAAUUCUUCCAGGCCGCGAUCUUGCCCUACGGCCCGCCGCAAGGCUACGGCCCGUACAUGAUGCACCGUCCCGACGGCACAAUUCAGAUCCCCAAUUCCCAUUAUGCUCCUUUCAUGUACUCGAAGCCGCCUUCUGCCGGUACCUCGAAUGAUGUGGGGAACAUGAACGGCCGCGUAGAGCAAGGUGACGAAAAUCAUCGCAACGAGUAGGUAACGAGGUUCAACGUUACUCCAAUCAUCCAUUUCGUAUCUCUUUAUUAUCUGUACGAAGGCUCAAAGUGGUCCGGUCAUCAUAGGUCAUCAUGAUGGUGACGCCUGUACUAUUAACGUGGUCUCUGGGACUGUGUCCUUUCGACAAUGCUAUCGCCGUUCCCUACCUGCUUUCCGCGACGCUUUCUUAUAUGUUUGUUUUGAUACACGUUCUGAAACCAAUAGUAGUUUUUAAAGUACUGGGUACUUCUUUGUGAAUCCAUGUAUUAUCUAGGUGUUGUCCGGGUUUUUUGAGGAUCAACGAAAGUCAAAUGAAUUCAGGCAGGAGUCCAUUGGACUUGGGACUCAAAGUCAG